UUAGUGCAUCACUCCAGCUGGCCUCUACUUGUUCCUAUGGCACCCUCCACCCCAGUAUACUCCCGUGCUGAAAUCUUGAACACAUUCCACAUCUCCGACAGCACCUUUGUCCUGGAUGACAAGGAUUGUACUCUCUUCUCGCUCACUCAGAACGAGUGCACGAUAUUGCCCGGGGAAAAGGGCAGCCCAGCCUCGGUGAUUUGUUUGCCCUUCAAACGCAUGUUUAAACGUUGUCUCCUCAAUAGUCCGAAGCAGGCGGUGCAGUUGGCGGACGGGAUCUAUGGCCAGAAGAGCAAGAAUCGAUUCAGGCAGGAUACCGAGGCACAGAAAUACGUGAUUAUCGAAAUUACGAGUGCUGAGACAAAUAGUGUGGCAAAAUUACGAGCGCAGUAUGGUGAGCUUUUGGAGAGCUUUCUCAAGGCGGAAAAAGAGCUCCGUCGCCAGUACGAACACGAGUAUCCGUUUCGGUCCGGGUGAAUAAAAUGGUAAGAGAAACAAUCAGGAAUGGGAUACAAAUAAAAGGUGGGAGAGGAUAUGAUGGGAUUUGAUGAGGUGACAUGUCCUGGAUUUGACCGCAUCCAUAGACCAUUCUUCCGAUGCCAAAAUGUCAUAUUCAUCCUCCAAGAAACAUCAGUUAGUGACUGGUUGGUGUAAUCCACAUACGCUAAAGAGCAUGUGAUAUUUAUAUUGCACUCAAGAAUGAUAUGUUAAUGGGUAUAAUCGUUAUUUACUCAAUCCCCCAGAACUGCGCCAAUUGGUUGUCUUGCUGGCAAUCACUGAGAUGUUCUAACUAGACAUCUGGAUAAUCCGUACGCUUAGCUUUAUCGUGUAAUUGCGAUGCUGGAAUAUAUAUAAGCCUCGCGCAAUGAAGGAAACCCC